CCGCGCUCGGGAUCCUCGGCGGGGCAAGAUGGCCGCGCCGCGAGCGGGAGCGCAGGGGAGGGGCUGCUAGGCCCGACGAGCGGCCGAAGACCGAGCGCGCGGCCCCGAACGACCGAUGCGCCUUGGCUUCUCGCCGUGGCUAUGGGGACGCCCCGAUAGAGCCUUUGGCCCUAUAGGCAGCCCCAACAUCUCGCAGCCCUGACCUGGAACCUCCGGAGGGCUGCGGAACGAGCGCCGCCUCUGCGCUCCGGCCGGGGCACGAGGCCAGUCGAGCGGACAGGCGCGACCCUGAGCGCCCCAUGCCUGCGGGCGCGGGGAGGCGUGGCCUCCCCCCAGGCCGCCACCUCUGCUGGUUGCUCUGCGCUGUCACCUUAAAGCUCUGCCAAGCAGACGCGCCGGUGCGGGAGGAGAAGCUGUCAGUGAGCGCCUCAAAUUUGCCGUGCUGGCUGGUGGAAGAGUCUGUGGUGGCAGAAGAGUGUGCUCCAUGUUCUAGUUUCCAGGCUAAAACCACCCCUGAGUGUGGUUCCACAGGGUAUGUGGAGAAAAUCACAUGCAGCUCAUCUAAGAGGAAUGAGUUCAAAAGCUGCCGCUCAGCUGUGAUGGAACAACACUUAUUCUGGAAAUUUGAAGGUGCUGUCGUGGGUGUGGCCUUGGUCUUCGCUUGCCUUGUCAUCAUUCGUCAGCGACAGCUGGACAGAAAGGCUCUGGAAAAGGUCCGGAAGCAAAUCGAGUCCAUAUAGCUACCUGCUCCCCUUUUAUAUGGGUCUUAGCGACCCUACCUCAGACAGAGAAAGUAGAAUGGACUGGCUUAUGCCCCUGGUUCUUUGGAACCUCGUGGUGGCACCCCCUUUCUCCCAUCUUCCUCCUUUGGAUCAUUAAUGAGCACAAUAAACAGAGUAAAAUAGU